AUGGCUCCGCAGCAUCCGCCGCUCUUCACUGCAACCCGCCUGCAGACGGCAACCUACCUCCUCGCUGUCUGCCCCUUCUCGAUCGCCUUCCUCGUCUUCCUCAAUUCCUCCGUUUCGUUUGUUGUUACCGACCUGAUCGGGCUUCCUCAUGGUGAGGGUGACGCUGUCGGAACACUGGGGUUCGCAGACGAGUUGUUGGCGCUAGUCGCGUGUCCCACGUGGGGACUGCUGUCUGACAGGAUCGGCGUUCGCUAUGUCUGCACGGCUGGAUACGCAAUUAUCGCCCUUGCACUGGUGCUAUUCGUGCAAGCCAAAAAUGUCUAUCCACAGCUUCUCCUAGGCCGACUGUUGUUCAGCCUGGGAGGGUCUGCUGUCUCGACGAUGGUGACGGCCGUGUUGCCUGCUGUGACAGGAGGCGAGGGCUCUGAGACGCGCCCCGGGUCGGAUUGGGGUCAUCGGAGAUCGGCACAAGCCUGGCGGACUUCCUUGUCGUCGGAAAUGACAAUUACACCUGCUCGAUUUGAGCGCAGCCUUUCGCGCCAGAAAGAGUCUCCACGGAAUGGGAAGACCGCUUCAUCGUCCAGACUGGCUGGUUUUGUUGGGCUGUUUGCAGGCUGCGGCGCUCUAAUCGCUCUGGGAGGAUUUCUGCCGCUGCCUGCGCGGUUUGAAAAGUCGGGCUCGUCACCGGCUGAAGCAGUCCAGAAAAGCUAUUACGUUGUCGCUGCUGUGGCUCUGGCUGUUGCAAUCAGCUGUUUCGUCGGGCUGCGGAAUCUCCCUGGAGAGGAAGAAAAGGGACUGCGGUCGCUGUGGCGAGCCUCUACUAAGAUUCCGGCACCGGACUCGUAUGAAGAUCGUAUUAAUUCGAUCUCAAGAAUCUCCUCUAUUCCAUAUAGAAAACACCUGGUUCGUGCGUUCGCGCUCGGCUUCGAACAUCCCGACAUCAGUUUGGGCUACGUUGGGGGCUUCGUGGCUCGGGCAUCCUCUGUGGGGAUUUCUCUUUUUAUUCCGCUGUUCGUCAAUCGCUACUAUCGAGAUUCUGAUCUCUGUCACGCGAUGCGCAAUGGAUUGUCCGCGCGUGGCCUGGGAGACAUCAAGAAGUCUUGUCCGGAAGCAUACAUUCUCGCAUCGAUCCUCACGGGAGUGUCGCAGCUGGUCGCUUUGAUCGCGGCGCCGGCGUUCGGGUAUCUGUCCGACAGGUCGCGACGAUACAACGUGCCGCUUCUUUUUGCGGCUCUCGUGGGAAUUGUCGGCUAUGUCACCUUCCCGCUCCUGCCGAGUCCGCAAUUCAAAGGGCCUGACGGCAAUGGUGGAGUAUUCGUCGUCAUGGGGCUGAUUGGAAUGAGUCAGAUUGGAGCCAUUGUUUGCAGCUUGGGCGUUCUCAGCAACGGAGUGCUGAAUGUCGGUCAUGCAGUUCAACGAACGGGAACCGUUUCAGAAGCCGCCCAGUACGAUGGCGCUGGAGAAGUGUCUGCUGAACACGACCCUCUUUUGGGUCAACCCGGCAACCCACCUACGGAUGAUUUGCGCCAUCUAAAGGGCUCCAUCGCGGGGAUGUACUCCCUGUACGGGGGCGCGGGGAUCCUCCUUCUGACCAAGCUAGGAGGCCUCCUUUUUGACGUGCUGUCAGCGGGGGUUCCGUUCUACAUCAUCUCCAUGUUCAAUGGGAUUCUGCUGGUGGCUGGCAUUGGGUGCGGCGUGUGGAAGUACCGAACGAUAGCGCAGUCCUCUGAAUAG